AUGGCGGAGAACAAACGCCAGAAUCCGGCUGAGAAAGGCUUACAAGGCAGUUCAGGUAGUGCGAUAGGCACCGGAAUGGCAACCAACACGGUGUCCAUGGACGGGACUUUGAUCGGGUCAAUCGGUGCUCGACUUCGCAUCACGACCGCCGCACCAAAUAGCUCAACAUACGAGGGAACUCUUUUCGCCGCGGACCCAAUCACCAACCUCGUCGCAAUUAACACCAAUCCAGCCGCGGCAUUAAAAGCAAAAAAUGAUAUGACUGGUGAUUUCAAACUCUUUCCCAUCUCGCAGAUCCAAUCUUUUCAUCUGCUAAGCCUUCAGCCGACGGACGCACAGUCUAGCCUCCCGGCUCUGGAUAUGCGUGCAUUGAAGGCACGCGAGGCUAAAGCUGUUAAUGAGCUGCAGGAGCAAGAAGCGCGUCGCGGAAAGGGCGUCACUCGCGAGGCUCAGGAUAUCUUUGAUGCGCUUGGGCGGACAAUGCCCGCGCGCUGGGACGGACAAAACAUUAUUGUUGCCGAUGCCGUUUCUAUUGCUCCAUACUACCGUGUCGAUGACUGCCGCCCAUUGAUAAAGGGUGACACAGCUGCCCUCGCCCGAGUCCGCAAAGUGCUCGAGAUGGAGAGAAAGAAGAUUGAACUGCGCACCGCCAGUGCUACUAUCGGUUCUACUAGCACUUUUUCCCGCACUUUGAGUGAUCAGCGCAAGGGUGGCUAA